UCCAAAUCUGAUAUGUUUCACUUUUUCAUCUGCACUGCACUCCAAAUACCAAAUGGUCAAAAAUCUACCGACCUGUAUUAGUUUUCAACUUACAUGGCCUCUCAUCCACAACUUGUCUCCCUCCAGCUUCUUCUCACCUUUUACAGGCCCAUCCUUUCUGCCUUCCAUAUUUCCAUUCCUUUGUCUUUAUAUAUACCUACUGCAAAUUAUCAUCUUCCUCCUCACCUCCUCCUACCACUUGUCACUAGCUCCACUUUCAAACAUACAAAAAUGGGUGGAUAUUCGAAGAUCAAAAUCAUGGGUGCUGGUAGUAGUAGUCGCUCCCGAAACUCAAGAUCCAUAGACUUCUCAGAUCUCCAAUCAUUUUCCCAAACCCAGAAAUCUACCCCAAAAAACCCUACCUCCUCAAAGAUCCAAGAAGAAACCAAUCUAAAUCUGCAGCACAUGAAGAAAAACAACCCCACUCAUGAUUCUUCUGAGGAAGAUUGUCAGAACAAAGGCAAUGGUGGAGAGAGGUUUGGCACUCAUGUUAUGCACAAGAGGAGUAGCUCAGUUUCUUCUUUUUCUUCUUCUGCUUCUGCUUCAGCAACUGGUUUAGGUUUAGGUUUAGGGUUUCAAUCAGCAUUGAAGGGAGCAUUCUCAUCCAUGAGAAGAUCUUCUUCUGUGUCAGAGAGGUAUUGCAGGAUCCAUGACCAGUCUGCAACCACAGCUUUGACAUCUUCCAUUGAUGGCAAUGAGGAAGAUGAUGAAGAUCAUCAAGCAACAAGAUCUACCAAGAAAAAACACAAGGGAGGAGGCAAGAUCCUCAAAGUCUGUAAGCGCUUUUUUAGAAUGUAGCUAUUCUAGCUUGUAGAUUAUUAUUAUUGUUCAAUGAGUGAAAUGUAUUUGUUUUUAAGAAAACUAAUAAAAAUUGUUUGAAAACUUUGAG